UUAUCUGGCACAGCAACUGAUAAAUUUGUGUGCAACUACCAAAAUGUGGAUAUAAUAAAAUGGUAGGAAAGAACUAUAAAAUGGGACUUUACUAACAAUCAUAGUGGUUAAUAGAGGGUAGAAAAUUAUGUUUUUUUGUGCAAAACCUGGCCACUUAAUGUUUCGUGCUGUCACCAUUAAGUUUAUUGGGGAAGCAAAUGUUCAUUGGAGCGUAACGCGAAGCUCCGGAGACAACAGCACUACUACUACACAUUACAGAAAUUCAGAAACAUAUUUCAACCAACAGUUAUGUGUUUACGGACAAGGCACUUUAGGCCCACACCAAAAUUCAACUGAACUACCUGCUGGUCAAUCAAGUUUUCCUUUCCAAUUCCUAUUGCCUUCACAGUUGCCAUCAUCUUUUGAGGGAGUAUAUGGCUAUGUUCGGUAUAUUGUGCAUGCAGCGAUAGACAGACCAGGAAAGUUCGUAACAAACAUACAAACUGUAUUUACUGUUCUUGAUAUACUUGACUUAAAUUUUGAACCAACUGCCAGGUAUCCAGCAACGAUGAAUGAUUCAAAGACAUUAUGUUGUCUAUGCUGUGUAAGUGCUCCAAUAACAGCAGAAGUGCAUAUUGAUAGAAGGGGUUAUGUGCCAGGGGAAUUUAUCUCUGUUAAUGCUAAUGUUGAAAAUGGAAGCUCUUCCAAACUUCCAUCCACUUCUGCUUCCAUCAUACAGAACGUGACAUUUAAAGCUACCACCCACUCAAAGACAUUCACAAACAAAGUUAUUAUGGUGCAAGGACAAGGUCUGGAUGCUGGCCAAUCCAUGCAGUGGAAUAACCAACGAUUAAAAGUACCAGCUUUGCCACCAUCAAUGCUUCGAUUCUGUAACAUAAUUGAUAUACAGUAUCUUCUACAGUUUAGGGUGGUUACACCUUGUGGCAGCAGGAAUUUGAAAUUAAAUGUGCCAAUCCAGUUGGGAAAUAUCCCAGUACAAGGCUUUACACCUUACUCUAUACCUUUUCCUAUAAACGAUUUUCCUGCUGGUGCACCACCUGCACAACCAAGUGCACUACCAAACUAUUAAGGUAAAAUUUUGCAAAAUCACAAAUUAGCAUUGCAAGAGUGAUUGUCCUUGAAGUUUAACGGUUUCUUCAAACCAGUGGUCACUAAUGAGCAGUCUACUGUAGCAGUCGAAAUAUACUUGUAAUGUAACUUACUUUAUCCUCGCGUAGCAGGAAAACGACAGUUGUUAUAAAACGGGUGUCUAUACAGAGUUACCAAGUAUGUUACUUAGUGGGUGAUCAUUAUUAUUAUUUUUUUUUUUUUUAUCAUGUGUGGCUGAUAAUUCCACAACCCAUUAAUGACCACUGGGUUGGAGCAAUUGCCAUUAAGUGUCUUGCCCAAGGACACAUACACCCAAAAUGGUAACAGAGACAAGCCUUGAACCCAUUACCCCUGGGUUACAGACAGGCACGCUAACUUGGGCACAUAAAAAUGAAUGUCAUUUUUUUGUUUACUUAGACAAAGUAAUAAAGUUCCAUUUCAUACACUAUGUACACUUUUGAGUUACUGUGCAUGUAACUCUGUGGAAGAUUGUUUUUUUUUUAUCCAACAAUUCAGUAAACCCAGCAGUGCCCCCAUGGUUUAAUAACCUAAAAUGAUACGGUAACAAAAAAAUCAACUUCCGUUCAACCGCAACCCAUAUACCAGGCAUAAAUAAAUCGCAAAGCUUUGUGGUGGCUGGUAGUUAUCAACAUUUUAGCAUAUUGGGUGGCUUAAGUUUAAAGAAGCUUUGCUUUUAUACGGUUGUACUUAGUUACACUCCCUUAAAAGUUCUACUUUGCGUACAUACGUUACAUUCUAAUGAAAUUCAUUUAUAUCGCAAUAUCGCCUUACCCUAUACCCGUUGCCAAGAAUAUAUGUUGUACACAUAACUGUUCAAUUUGAUUGGUAUCAGGCAUUGGUGUUAGCACUAUUGUUUUUAUCUUUAAUUGUAGCAAGUUAAUUUUGAUGUUGCAAUUUUUAUCUUUAUGCACAACCCAAUCUGCAGUUUAUAAUAUAUAGUCUCCUAUAAAGUGAGAUGGGGGAAGAUUUUCGUUUUAUUUUCUCGUCCCAUUUGAUAGUAUUCAAAUAAGUUUUAUUGAAUUAUAAAACCGUAUGCUCACGACUCCUAUAGACCGUUGUUAAUUGUUUAAAAUACGAUCAGGAUAUUUGGAUAUUAAGUGCUAAGAUGUCCUGUCUCGCCCCACCCUACCAUAUUUUUUUAUUAUUAUUAUAUAAUCAAUAUAAUGUUCAGUGAUAUUUGGAUAUUAUGUGGUAAAGGUGUCCGGUUUUCCCCAUGUCCUAUGCUAUACAUUAACAAUAGUUUUAUUCAUGUGUAUAUAAUUGUUUGUGUUCAUAUAAGUGCGUAUACUAACUAUUAAAUAUUUUCAUUUUAAAUAAACACGUAAUACCUAAA